CCAGGAAGCCCUCAUCAACCUCUUUCUCUCCCUCUCUCUAUCGAGCAUCUACAACUACAAGCAACCUCUCUCUCUUCCAUUUCCCAAUUAUUUCUCCUUAACCCAGUCCCAAUCUCCCAUGGGGAAUCCACCCGCUGAUGCCUCUGGCACCAGCUAUCGCUCCCACAAGGUCUUCCUCCUCUUCAACUACAUCCUCCUCGGUGCUGCCUCCAGCUGCAUCUUCCUCACCCUCUCCCUCCGCCUCAUCCCGUCACCCUGCGGCUUCCUCCUCAUCCUCCUCCAUGCCUUCACCAUCAUCGUGGCCGCCACCGGGUGCGCGGCCUCGCCAGGUUCCACCAAAUGGCAUGCCACCCACAUGGUGGCCACCGUGCUCACAGCCAUCUUCCAAGGUUCCGUGGCCCUGCUCGUGUUCGCCAGGACGCCGGACUUCCUCGGGGAGCUGCGGUCCUAUGUGAGGGAGGAGGAUGGGGAGGUGAUACUGAAGAUGGUGGGUGGUCUCGGGAUGGUGAUCUUUUGCUUGGAAUGGGUUGUCCUGGCCCUGGCUUUUGUGCUGAGGUACCAUGCCUAUAUGGAGGGGGACUCCGGUAGCAAUGCUGCCAUGAGGAGUGCCAGGGUGCAGCAUGAGGAGACGAAGGACUGGCCAUGGCCCUUCCAAGUCUAGCUCACUGCACAUCGGGAAAAAAAGAUGCUCCUUCUGCUGUUGUAGCGAAGAAUUAAGAGGGUUUUGGUUGAUGGGUUAUUUUUAAUGUACAUCGGGAAUGAGUUUUCGCAUUAUCUUCUCAAGUUAAUUCGUUUAUUCAUAUUUCUUUUGGCUGCUGCAUAAGCUGUACUUGUUGAGUGAAGUGACUUCUGUUUGAUUUACAUGUGUUUGGGGUGCAUAUGAUUUUUUUUCCCUCCCAAUAUCAGUGAUGAUUUUUUCCCCA